AUGCCUCACACAAGCCGCAAGAAAAAGAACAUCCAUAGCAAGAGAAGGGAAAUUGUAGACGAUGAUGGCUGGACGAGGGUCACCUCUAACUCUUCAACGCCUCCGACAGUUGAGCUGCGGAACCAGACCAAGGGCGAGUGGGAGCAGAUCCCCAAUGGGAGCGCCGGAGUGCACACACUCGUAGGAGGGCUUCGAUCGCUCUCUUCGCCAAUGCCACCCGUCAAGGGGUCAACGCUCGAGACGAUGCGGGCGCAGUUCGCCAGAAUCGAAGAGCGAUGGCUAAAGACAGACCUAUGCAGAAGGCUGGAGCAAAUCCUAAGAGACAGGAUCUUGACUAGAGGAUGCCGCAUCUCUAACUGUGCGGUGUUCGGGACAGGCAGCUUCUGCGGCGACGCGGUUCAUUGGAUUGACCGACACGAGUCGGCCUAUUUCCAACUGGCGGCUUUUCGGACAGUGGUCCAGUCGAUAGAACGAAUGCAAGGACCUGUGCUGCAAGCUUACGCCCAGGAACCGUAUUACAACGACCUCGAUACGUGUUUCCUGACCAGUCUAAAUAUCACGAAAGUUGACCACCCCAGAGGAUUCGAAGUCCUUGAUGGAAAUUCGUUCGCCUACUCUCCAGCUGCGGAACCAGAGGUUGAGAGCCAGAUCACACCUCGAGCUCCUCGAAUAUGGCUGCAUAGGUCGUUCGACUACUCAGGGGAGGGAGAAAAGGAAUCAGACGCAAGCUCUCACACAAAAGCCCUGUAUCAAAGGAGCCAUGAGCAUGCGGUACUGCCCGAGUCAGACCUCAAAAACUUGCCGUUCCAUGGCUCCGUGAUCUGGUGGCGCAAAACCGAUGACACGGAUGAGAAAUAA